UAAACAGUUCCAAGUUCUAACACAAACUCUGUUUUCUUAAAAGAACUUGGUCCGAUCUUUUACGUGUCAUACACUCUCUACAGCAGAAAACCUUUCAAAAUUGCGGGAUUUUUUUUGGUCUGUCAAGAAAUGCUGAGGUUUAGUGCAGCGGCCUCUUCCCAAGCCGCCACCUUAUCCGCCGUGCUCCCUCCUCUUCGCCCGCCACGCGCCGCCGCUGCUUUUCCGUCAUCCUUCACUCCUUCAAUUGAAACUACCUCAACUCCCAACCUACAGUUUCUGGCAAAAAAUUCGUCUGGGUUGAAGUGCCACCCGAUUAAGGCCAUGGCUGAAGCUGGAGCUGCUACCACGCCAUUAACUACUACUUCUGUCGAUGAAACAUCAACAACACAAGGGAGGAAAUAUGCAUUGAUUUCACUGUCGGAUAAGAGGGACUUGGCUAUCCUUGGCAGCGGACUUCAGGAAUUGGGAUACACAAUUGUUUCAACUGGAGGAACGGCAUCUUCUUUGGCGAAUGAAGGAGUGCCUGUAUCUAAAGUGGAAGAUCUUACGGGUUUUCCUGAGAUGCUUGAUGGUCGUGUUAAAACUCUACAUCCAAACAUACAUGGGGGUAUUCUUGCAAGGAGAGAUCUUGAGCAUCACAUGGAAGCUCUUGACAAACACAAAAUUGGCACUAUUGAUGUUGUGGUGGUAAAUUUAUAUCCCUUCUAUGAAAAAGUUUCCUCUUCAAGUGGAAUAUCAUUUGAGGAUGCAAUCGAGAAUAUUGAUAUUGGUGGCCCUGCCAUGAUUAGAGCUGCUGCAAAGAAUCACAAGGAUGUUAUGGUGGUAGUUGAUCCAAAAGAUUACCCUGAACUUCUAGAAUCUCUUCGCGGUAAGCAAGACAACCAACAUUUUAGGAGAAAGCUGGCUCAGAAGGCUUUUCAACAUGUAGCUUCUUAUGACACUGCUGUCUCGGAGUGGUUAUGGAAGCAAACAACAGAAGAUAAAUUUCCUCCCAGUAUGACAGUUUCUCUUUCACUGAAAAGUGCACUCCGCUAUGGUGAAAACCCUCACCAAAAAGCUGCAUUUUAUGUCGAUAAAUCUCUGUCUGAGGUUAAUGCUGGGGGGAUAGCAACAGCUAUUCAACAUCACGGAAAGGAGAUGUCAUACAAUAAUUAUUUAGAUGCAGAUGCAGCAUGGAAUUGUGUUACUGAGUUUAGUAAACCCACUUGCGUGGUUGUUAAACACACGAAUCCUUGCGGGGUUGCUUCGCGUGAUGAUAUUGUUGAAGCAUAUAGACUGGCGGUGAAAGCAGACCCAGUUAGUGCUUUUGGUGGUAUAGUGGCCUUCAAUGUUGAAGUUGAUGAGGUGUUGGCUAGGGACAUUCGAGAAUUUAGAAGCCCCACUGACAAUCAAACUCGAAUGUUUUAUGAGAUUGUCGUGGCACCCAAAUAUACCAAAAAGGGGCUUGAGGUUCUACGUGGGAAAUCUAAGGAUCUGAGAAUACUUGAGGCCUCUAAGAACAACAAAGGAAAACUUUCACUUAGGCAAGUUGGUGGAGGUUGGUUAGCUCAAGAUUCAGAUGAUAUAGUUCCUGAAGAUCUUGAAUUUAAAUCAGUCUCGAAGAAGACUCCAGAAGAAAGCGAGCUUUCUGAUGCAAAGUUUGCCUGGCUCUGUGUGAAGCAUGUCAAGAGCAACGCUAUCGUUAUUGCUAAGAACAAUUGCAUGUUAGGCAUGGGAAGUGGCCAGCCAAACCGUUUGGAGAGUUUGAGGAUUGCAAUGAAAAAGGCUGGGGAUGAAGUCAAAGGCGCUGCCUUAGCCAGUGAUGCGUUCUUUCCAUUUGCUUGGAACGAUACUGUGGAAGAAGCAUGUCAAAGCGGGGUAAGCAUAAUUGCUGAGCCUGGUGGAGCCAAGAGAGAUGGUGAUGCUAUUGACUGUUGUGAUAAGUAUGGAGUGUCACUUGUUUUUACAAAUGUAAGGCACUUCAGGCAUUAAAGGAAGAACACAUCCCUUGAUGAAUAAAACUCGAGCUCGUGUCCAAAACGGAUGCUUGAAAAUUUUGGUCGUUGAUGGAGAGAUGAUCGUUUACUAGUACGUCUCUGCUAGAAGCUUUAGUUUGACGAAGUCGCUGUUGUAAUAUCAAUCAUCAUGUGAAGGACAUGGCUUCCUCAAAUGUUGAUCAUCAGUCAAUUUCCAUUAGUAUCUUCUAUACACAAUCAGUAAAAUCUCAUUCAAUUAAUUAAUGAAUUUAAAUCAUUUGAGAAAUCAUAACAAAGGCUGUUGGGUUUGUGACGGCUCCCUUUGUGUACUGAUUUACUAAGGAAUUAAGCAAAAGAAUGGAAUCCAAAAUUCGGGUUGGACGGAUUUUGUUGCAUCAUCUUGUUAAAA